AUGGUGUUGAUUAAGUCUCAAACUGCAGCCGAGAAGGCGGCUCAAGCAGCCGAGAAAGCCACCAAGGUGGGCGACAGAGGGCUCGACGGGGUGGUGGAGGACGAAACUGAGCUCGAGGCGGUGAAGGUGGUGGUGCACGAACACUCAGGAGCGUUGGCUCGACUCGAAGAUAGCCUGGCAAGAGUGCAGGCUGACGCGAAGGCGGAUGCAGAAGACCUUCGCCAGAGGCUGGAGGACCUGAUGCGAGCGGUUGCCUCGCUGCAGGCAAAAGGGGAUGGAGCAGGGGGUACGCUGAACCCGACCGAGCUGGCGAUCAACGGGGGCGGCGCGCCUGGCGGAGGGACCACCACCGCGGGAUCAUUCCCGAGCGGUGCUGAGGCGGCGAUCGUGGUCGGCAGGGCGGCGGUUCGUCCUCGGCAAAGGUGA